AUGUCUGGAGUGGCACGCAGCAAGGAGCGCGCCUCGGCUGGUUUAUCAGACAAUCCGAUCUCUAUUAGAGGAUUAGAGGAUUCGGAUUUGAGUAGCAUUUCGUCAGAUGAAUUUGAUCGUUCUCCUUCAAAUAUUCAGCAGGCAGACGACUCGUCUGAUGAUGAUUUGAGUGCAGAAGAAGUUCCUGAAGUUCCUGAAGAACGCAGGAGUUCACACAGUGUCACAGAAGAUGUCAGACGACUGCUUUUUCGGAGAUCAAAUUUUGUUCAGAAGUUUCCUCCAAGAAACAUUAAUUACAGUGCUGUUGAGACGACUGCGGCCACCCCGCAGCCGCAGCUGGGGGUGGCGCCGCUCGCCGGCGUCGCCUGUGUGGCCACUAUGUAUGCGGCGGGCCGCGUUCGCCGCGAGCUGUCCGGCGCGGCCCGGCGCGGAGCACCGCGACGCAUGGCGAUGCCGACGCCCGCGCUCCUAACAAUAGGCGCGCCGGCCGCGCUGAGUAAUAUUUCCCGUGGCGGCACACUUAAUUUGUUCCCACGAGCUUGCUCUGUCGGCGACCCCAUCCGGCCCCCAACGGCUACAACCCGGCAGAUGGACAUGGACCACGAGUCGGACAGCUCUACGGACCGGCGCAGUCGUUAUGCGACCUCAGCCACGGCUGAGGCAGCGAGUGGUUCGGCGGACGGCUUGUCGGCGGGGCCUGCCCCGUCGGCGGCCGCUAACCGCCGGCCACCUACGACUGUCCGGCCCAGCAGGAACGGAGAUACGCAGAGGAGCCGCCGGGCACUUUCGGCGGAUGGGGGCUUGCCCCUGCACGCCUACGCCCGCGUACUUGACGUUGGCGGCCCGUCGGCGUCGUCCUGCGCUACCAAGGAAAACAGCAGCGCGGCCACAGUGCUGGCCGUUCAGCAAACGAGGGCCGAAACGGAUGCUUCGGCAACUGUUCCGGAGCAAACCAAGUCACUGGCGCCAGUGGCUUCAAUGGAUGCAGCGCAUACGCCGGAGGCAGAAAGGCAGCUUGCCUUCCUGAUGGGACUCAUCCCAGGCACAAAACCGGCAGCUGAAACCAUGGAGGUGGAAAAGCACUCGCGCAAGCGGCCUGCCGACGCGAGUGCUGCCACCACCUGCAAGAGGUCUGCCACUAGCUCGAACAGCAGCGCACCCACGCUCCGCACACAGCGGAAAGCAUCGAGGAAGGGUAACAAGACCCUUCCCCCGGCCGCUGACGAUGAGGGCUUCACACAGCCCUCCCGCAAGCACACAGCCAGAGCUGUCGUGCUCGCCCAACAGUCGGCCAUCAACACCGGCAACCGGUACUCCGGCCUAUCAAAUGACGCUGGAGAGCCCAUGGAGAGCCAACAGCAGAGGAAGUCGCCCCCACCGCCCCCUGUGGUCAUCAAGUGGACCGGCGGCUUCAAAGAGUUCCGAGAGAAAAUCAAAGCGGCACCCGCCAAGUCAACUGAGCAGCGUCCUGCCGACGCCGCCGUCGAACGGGGGCGUGGCAACCAGUCCGAGCCUGCUCCAGAGGCGGUAGUCGCUCACGGGCGCGGACCGCCGAGAGAGCAGCCUGCAACAGCGAGGGGCGGCCGCCGGCGCGGUCGGCGGAGGGAGCGUCCUGCCCGCGAGACGUCAGCUCCACAGCCUGCUGUUCGAGACCAGGCAGCGGCACCACCCCCAGGCACUGACAGGACUUCUGCAGCGAGUGUCGCGGAAGAAGUCAGGGCCAUGAGGGAGGACUUCAAGCUGUUCCUGACACAACUUCCGCAGAUGAUUGCGCUGCACGACGCCGCUGGAGUCCAGAUGUUGGAGCGCCGCUUCCGCGCGCUCGCUACACCAUUUUAUGAGUUGACGAGGACCUCCGAAAACCCGCUGGUCAGGGGGCUGGGAAACCAACCCCACUGGCGCCCAGCGACCAGAUGGCCAGACCUGCUGCUGGAGUAA